AAAACCUUAAAAAGAAAAAAUGAAUACACGUCACAGCAGAUAAUAAAAACCAUCAACAAGUCCUUUAAAAAAGCAAAAAUCACCUGAAAAAAAAGACCCAAAGCCCCAAAAGAAGCUAAAAACAACCGAAGAUUAUUAAAACAUCUAAAAUAUAAAAGACAUAGCCGCCCGUCUCCGAAUCCAUUCAAUAGAAAUGACUAAUGCAUCAAAUAGUGGCCAUCCAUCAUCAUGUAGUUCUAUGGCCGAUAUUUUAUCUGUUUUAUUUUUUGACAAAUCCGGCAUGACUAUAAAUAUAUAAAACCUCAAAUCCUUUACUGCUGAUCGUUUUGUUCUCUCAAAAGGCCAUGCCGCACCCAUUUUAUACGCCGUUUGGUCCCUUGUAGGUUUAAUCCCAUAAUCCGAACUCCUUAAAAUCCGUAAAUUCAGCAGCGGAUUAGAAGGCCAUCCUACCCCCAGACUCCCUUUUGUAGAUGUAGCUACCGGAUCUCUCGGCUAGGGAUUAGGUGCCGCUUGCGGAAUGGCCUAUUCAUCCAAAUACUUAGAUAAAAUAACCAAUAGAUUCUAUGUUUUGCUCGGAGAUGGUGAAUGUGCUGAAGGUUCAGUUUGGGAAGCCGCUAGUUUCGCCGGCCAUUAUAAACUAGAUAACCUCACAGCUAUAGUAGAUGUAAACAGACUUGGUUAAUCUGAGGAAACUUCCCUUGCGCACAAUGUCCAAUCUUAUAAAAAAAGGUUCGAGUCUUUCGACUGGAAUGCAAUAGUGAUAGACGGCCAGAUAUCCCUGCAAUCAUAAAAGCCUUCAAUUAAGCCAAAAAUAAAACCAAACAACCCACAGUAUUAAUCGCUAAGACCCUAAAAGGAAAAGAUAUCCCAUCUAUAGAAAAUAAACUAGAAUGGCAUGGAAAACCAUUAGGAAAAGAAGCCGAAGAAGCCAUAAAACAUCUCGAAAAUUUAAUAAAAGAUAAAAAUUUUACACCUUAACCAAAUAUAGAAUAACCAGCCUAAGAUCAUCCUUUAGUCUAAGAUUAAAUAAAACUACAAUCAUUAUCAUAUAAAAAAGGAGAAAAAAUUGCAACUAGAUUAGCAUAUGGAACUGCAUUAAAAAGAUUAGGAACUGUAGAUACAUAUAAACGUUUAGUAUCAUUAGAUGGAGAUACUAAAAAUUCCACUUAUGCGAUUACAUUUAAAAAUGCUUUCCCUGAUAGAUUUAUUGAAUGCUAUAUAGCUGAAUAGAAUAUGGUUUCAGUAGCUACAGGUUUAGGUUGUAGAAAUAAAAUUCCCUUCGUAUCUACUUUUGGUGCUUUUUUUACCAGAACUUAUGAUUAAAUUAGAAUGGGUGCUAUAUCUUUAGCUAAUAUUAAAUUAGUGGGUUCACAUUGUGGUGUAUCUAUAGGAGAAGAUGGUCCAUCUUAAAUGGCUUUGGAAGAUAUAGCUAUGAUGAGAGCAAUACCUAAUGCUAUAGUCUUAUACCCUUCAGAUGCCGUUUCAACUGAAAAAGCUGUUGAAAUUGCCGCUAAUUAAAAUUGUAUUGUCUAUAUUAGGACAUCUAGACCUAAUACUGAAGUUAUUUAUGAAAACGAGGAAUAAUUCUAACCAGGAUAAUGCAAAACAAUAGUAUAAAGUAAUAAUGAUAAAUUAGUUAUUGUAGCAGGCGGUGUUACUCUAUUUGAAGCAUUAGAAGCUUAAAAAACAUUACUCGAACAAAAUCUACAUAUUAGAGUUGUAGAUAUUUUCUCAGUAAAACCAAUAGAUAAAAAAGGCUUAAUUAAAAAUGCAUAAGAAUCAGGAUUUAAAAUCCUUACUGUGGAAGAUCAUUAUAUUGAAGGCGGCAUACAUGAUGCAGUUUGUUAAGCUGUUUGUGGUGAAGGAAAUAUUAAAGUUUUCUAAAUUGCAGUAGACGGAGUACCUAGAAGUGGAACAUGUAAAGAUUUAAUGGAUCAUUAUAAAUUAUCUGCAUAGUUUAUUGUUGAAAAAGUUAAGGAACUUUUAGUUUGAUGUUUUUUCUUUUUUUUAAUUUUUUAUAAGAAAAAAUAAUUACAUUCUUUAUUAUAUAUAUUUUUUUUAUUUAUAUAAUUAUUAAAAAUAAAAAAACAAUACAAACAUAAUUUCUUUUGCU